AUGGCGCCAUCCAUUAUCGCUACCUGCAAGCAAACCCGAUUUCACCUUCUUGACGAGAAACCAGCACGAGAGAUUGAUGUGGAAAAUCUCACCAUUGCAGUUGCCUCGCCUUUCGAUGACGCGGAAGAUGCUGCAAAGGCAAAGACGAAAGGAAAGUCAAAGGCCAAGGCCGAAGCGAGAGAGCUCAUAUCCGAUGCGCAUCUGAGGCUUAAAGCGGGUACUCACUAUGGGUUGGUAGGUCGAAAUGGGACUGGAAAGUCAACGCUUUUGCGGGCCAUGGCAGACAAGUUGGUACCAGGAAUACCGCAUUUGACCCGAAUAGCCAUUCUGCAACAGACAGACACCGAAGCCCAAGAAGGACUGCAAACCUUUGGCGAUGGACGUCAGAGACAAAGCGACGAAGAGAUCAAGCCGGUCCUGGAGUAUGCCAUAAGUAGCGACCAUCACAGGAACGAAGUCAUUGGAAAGAUGAACUUUUUGUCGAACAGUUUUGAGACGGAGGACCCUCUGCAACCCGUGAAGGCGAUUCGAAAGAUCCGGCAUGACGAGAUCGAAAAGCAGCUUUUCCUAGCUCAGAAGAAUGCCAACCUCAAAAGUGGUGCAAGGGGCUUGCAAGCGCGCAAAGAGUUGAAGGCCGUGGAAGCGAAACUGCAGAAUUCUAGGGAGCUACUGGAACAGGAGGAGAUUGACGUAGAGUCUGCCAAAGAAGAAACCCAGACUGCGGUGGAAACUUUACAAGACCUACAAUCUCAAUUUGAAGCAAUGAAGGUUGUCGACGUAGAGCAGCAAGCUCGUCAAAUCCUCCUUGGGCUUGGCUUCAAAGAAGAUAUGUUGGGCAAGCCAUUCCACACUUUGUCUGGUGGCUGGCGUAUGCGCUGCAUGCUGGCAAGCAUUCUGAUUCAGAACCCCGACAUUAUGAUACUAGACGAGCCAACCAACUUCCUAGAUCUGCUAGGAGUUGUCUGGUUGGAAGAAUAUCUGAAGCGAAUGCGUGAAUCGUCACAGACAACAAUCCUUCUAGUCUCCCACGACAGAGACUUUGUUGAUGCAGUGUGCGAGGAGAUUGUCAUUCUUCGAGAUCAGAAGCUCACAUAUUUCAAGGGCAAUCUGUCCGCAUACGAAAAGGACUUUGAAGAACAAAAGCUGUACUGGGGUCGCAUGAAAGAGGCUCAGGAUCGUCAGAUUGCUCACAUGGAGGCAACCGUCCGCGAGAGCAUCAAAGUCGGGAAGAAGACUAACGACGACAACAAGCUCCGAAUGGCCAAGUCGCGACAAAAGAAACUCGAUGAUAGAAUGGGUGUUCAAGUGAGCGCACGCGGAGGCCGAUUUAAGCUGAAUAGGGAUCUGGCGGGCUAUCACCUAAGUUCCCGCGAUGAGAUCGAUGUUCCGCAGGAUGAAAAAGGCGUGUCAAUUCAAUUGCCCGACGCUUCCGAGCUUCGCUUCCCAGGACCAUUAAUCUCACUUGAAGGAAUCGUUUUCAAGUACAAGUCAAGUGCAGCUCCCGUGCUGAAAGGAAUUGAACUUGUGAUGCACAAGGGAGACCGUGUUGGUAUCAUGGGCCUUAACGGCUCAGGAAAAUCAACCCUGAUCCGCCUUGUGGCCGGUACCAUGGUGCCCAGCCAAGGCAAGGUCUCUACACAUUCGCGGUUGAAGAUGGGCUACUACGCACAACACUCUAUCGAGGAACUUCAAUCGCUAGGGCAAGAGGAUCCGUCACUAACCCCGCUUGCGCUGCUGGCAAAAGAUGUAGCCGGCUCACUUAACGAAGGGCAACUACGGGGGUUGCUAUCAUCAUUGGGUCUCCAGGGAAGAAUAGUCUCCGAUGUUCCCAUCCGCCGACUGUCAGGAGGACAGCUCGUCCGUUUGGCAUUGGCCCGAGUUAUCUGGAAUGCGCCGCACUUACUCGUUCUCGACGAGAUAACGACUCAUCUCGAUUUCCACACAGUAACAGCCCUGGCCUCUGCAUUAUCGACGUUCAACGGCGCUAUCUUGCUGGUCUCGCACGACCGGUUCAUGGUCCGGGCAGUGAUAGAGGGAAAGCGGGAUCUAGACCAUAAACUAGACGAGGACUUUGAAGGUGUCGAAGAGGACCCAAGCGAAUCGCAGCCACGACGUCGUGUCGUGUACGUCCUAAGGGCUGGCGUUCUAAAGGUCCAAGACGAAGGCGUGGAACAGUUUGAGAAAAGUCUGGUGAAGAGGGUGCAGAAGAUGCUGCCUGCACAAGACUAG